CUGCUCUUCUACUCCCUUCUUUAUUGAAAUAUUUAAGAACUUAAGAAAAAAACAGAAACUUUUGAGUUAAAUGAUCACAUAUCAUAGCAGCUCAUAAAUGGCAGCUUCAAACGCAUACUUUUCCCUUACCUUCGUCCAACCCGAGUCUUCCAAUCUGAUUCGCCCUAACUGAGUCACCAAAGUCAGAAGUCUCCUACAGCUCAACGACACGAUCCCUAUAUAGCACAAUAACUCCAUCGAUUCGUGUUAUGCCGAAUAAAAGCUUCAAUGAAAGAAUCCUCCCGGCCAUCCCCCCUGCCUACACUCCCCUGUUUCUCUUCUCUCCGUCGAUCCCUCCCAUCCGCCACCGCUAUCCUCCUCCUCUUCUCGCUCGGCUAUAUCACCGGCCUACUCUCCUCCACAUCCUCCCCUCCUUCCGCAAAACCUCGACCUCUCCCCAUCCGAGAUUCCAAUUGCUCCUCAUCCCCACCCCACGACCUCUUCCUCUUCCGCACCGAGUGCGCAAAACGUGUCCCGCACGACCUCGUCCUCCCCACCCUCCUCCACCGCCUCUUCAACAACACCUCCCCUUACUCCCACUUCCCUUCCCCUGAAACCGCCGCCCUGCUCCUUCCCCCGGCAGCCCGCCCCCGCGGCUGGGGCUCCACGAACCCCGUGUUUUCCGACCUCAUCUCCUCCAUCCGCCCGCUCACCAUCAUCGAACUCGGCACCUUUCUCGGCGCCUCCGCCCUUCACAUGGCCUCCCUCACCCGCAAUCUUUCCCUCCCCAAUUCACUCAUCCUCUGCCUCGACGACUUCCGCGGCUGGCCGGCUUUCCGCUCCCGCUUCGCUCGCCACGUACCCGUCCCCCGCCAUGCCGACUCCCUUCUCCUCCACCAGUUCAUGCUCGGCGUCUCCGCCGCCGGCGAGGCCCACCGCAUCCUCCCCAUCCCAUUCUCCACCAGUUCGGCUCUUGCCGCUCUCUGUGAAUGGGGUAUUUACGGGGACCUAAUAGAGGUGGAUGCCGGCCAUGACUUUCACUCCGCGUGGUCCGAUAUCAACAUGGCGUAUGCGGUGCUGAGACCUGGCGGCGUUCUGUUUGGGCAUGAUUAUUACACCGCGGCGGACAAUCAUGGUGUCCGCCGCGCCGUUACGCUGUUUGCGAGGGUUAAGAAUCUUAAAGUCCGGCCGCACGGGGAACAUUGGGUGCUCUCGCCUAAGCCCACUUAUUCCCUUCCGGUUUAACUGGCAAAGACAGCACGACUAUACUGUUACCGCGGCGGCGGCAGGUAUGUAAUUACGAAAACAUUCUUACUGUAUAAAAAUAAAUCGAAAGUUUUCAAAGACAUAAAUGGCUGUGUGAUUGAUAUAUGGUGGCAUGACUAUAUUUGGACGGACGUGCAACAUGUAAUAUUUUCUCUUUUUUCUGAUUC